AUGGCGGCGAGAUCAUCGUCGUUGUGGGCAUCGAGGGUUGCCUCGUACUUGAGGGUCUCCACCUUCCCCAGGAGCUUCUCCUCCGGUAAAUGGGUCCUCUUCUGCCUCAUCGUCUUCUCCGACGUGACAGUAGGUUCCUGGGUUUGUGGGGCAAAGUGUGUGGCGCCUUCCACCCAUCCCCUCCCAUCCCCGAGAGGGAUCCGUGUUUGCCUCCGAAGCGGGCGUCUGGUCGGUCUGUUUUGCUUGUUUUUUUCUGGUUUUUGUACUUUCCUGGAAUCCUCUGGGGACCAGUGGAUCGUCGAUCUGGGUAUGUCCGGAUUUGUGGUCGGAAACCAUUGAGGGACAGAAGACAUCGCUUUCCGCACUUCCUGUGGAUAGAAUUCGACCGAUUGGCGUGCUUUCGAUUCUUGCUAACGCUCAAAACAAGUUCUUAAUUUUUAAGUCCUUUUGUUGAUCGUUAUGGAAACACUUACAUGCCUGUUUAUCUGUUAAUUUUCUUCAUUUUCUCAUCAUAAGCAUCAUCAUAGUAUUGUGAAUUGCCUCUCAAUGCCUCCUAGUAAUGGUUGAUCUAGAAAAUCAAAGCUUCUGCUAGAAUAUUACACAUCUUUUAAGUUGUGCCAGUUGUCUACCAGUGUUGAGUGGAUAACGUCUCUCCAAUCUUUCUCCCCAAUCUUUCUGCUAGAAUAACGCGAAAGUGAGAAAAAGAAAUCCACCUAUUUCCAAAGGUAUGGACGAGAGAUUGCAGCCAGAUCAGUUCCCGUAAAAUGUAUAAUAUUUACUUGGUCUUGCCUCCUGAUCUUGCUGCAAAAGUCAGCUUCUUAUCUCACUCUCAGAGGUUCUGGCUUACUACCUACAAAUGUACAACAACAACCAGCAAUAAUUCUACUAUUAACACGUGUAAAAUAUCUGAAAGUUCUCAGAAAAUCUUCCGAAUGAUAUUUCUUUGUGUUCUCCAAGAGUUGACUUAAGUACGAUGCUAUGAAUCGUAGUCUCCGUCGUCAUCAAGAAAGGUGUUGUUCACCUUUCUUGAUACCCAGUAUUAAUUUUUUUUGGAGAAAGAUAUAGAGGAUACUAUGUGUCAGAUAUGAAACUAGAACAAUUGUUUUCUUUCCACAAGCCUCUUCUAUCUUUGCAUAAGAAAUGAAAUAUCUAUCCCAUAUUCCUGCCAAAGAAUUGUUUCCUUUGUGGCUUCUUUAUGUCCUAUGUGGCAUCACAUGGUUGGCAUGUGAAAACGAGCACUCCAGGAAAAUUUUGUGUGUUAUCUUCUGGCAUCUUUCAUUUUACAAGAAGUUGAAGUGUUGCUUUCAUCCACUUAGGGACCUUAGUGAUCUAAGUCUUCUUCUAUGGAAGAUCCUCAACAGUUGUAAUUCGCUCUCUGUAAGGAUGGUGAUCUUCAAGUCUGAGAUGACUUGUGGCGCCCUUCACGUCGCUCUUGAAAAUGUCUUUUGAAGGUUCUCUUGCAUGCAGCUUGAUGGCUUGGUUAUGUCCACGCCUAAAGGAGUUCUCAACUGUUCCUCCUGCCACUCUAAUCGUAUUCAUUCCAUUCCCUACUACGACCACCAUGUUGAAUAAGUUGCAUUGCUACCACCAUGUUGAGCAACUGUGAUGAACGUGGAGCAUUGAGUUUACUGGUAAAGGAUUGACUCUAGGCAGACAAUUACACUUAAGACUUUGGUUCCAAUUGCAUUUUACUACCCGGUGUAAAAAGUAUCCAUUGAAUUUUUAAAGCUACUACUAACCUUGAUGCCUGAGCUUAAAAAUGAUUUUGGGGAAGCAUUUGGCAAGGAAAUCAUGUAAUAGGGGCAUCCUUUUUUCGUUUGAUUCAUGUCAAUGGAGAAAUACUAUCGCUUGCACCAUUUGGCAUAUUGAAGACUUACAGGAUAUUUUUCUUCUUGCAAAUGACAGUACGUCCACUCCAAUUUUGAAUUAAUUACAUGCUUUUUUUUACUUUAUGGAAGAAUGUUGGCUGAGAUAUCCUUCCUUUUGGGAGAAACAUGCCAUCUCUUCUCUGCUUUUCAAGUGAUGCUAGACUGUGUAUACCUCAGAUAGCUAAAACUAGAUUUUCUUCGCUUCAACUUGUUUGAGAUGGACGUACCAUUUUUCGGGUCUUUUUGAUUCUAGUCAUGUCAAGUAUGAACCAUCCACAUCUGUGGAAAAUAUGGAUUUCUCAUGUUUUUUUCUCUUUUUCUUGUCUAUUGUAGUUUUGAAGGAGUUGAAAUAUGCGGAUUCUCAUGAGUGGGUCAAGGUCGAGGGAAAUUCUGCAACAGUGGGGAUCACAGACCACGCUCAGGUCUUCAUUAAUCUCCUAAUUAAUUUCUCUUAUUGCACAGUUACUAGUGAAUUUAAGGAACGAACAUGAUAGGCUUUCGUCAUCCAUCCAUCAAUAAUUUUCAGUGUACUAGGGAUUCAUCUAAUGUGUUUUCCUCGUCGUGACCUCGAUAUCCACAUAAAAUUAAUUCGUAUGCAUUGAUUUUUUUUUUCAUCAUGUAGAUUUUGGUGUUUCUUGGUUCUCCUGUUUGCGUUAUUUACUGAUUCAUGAGAUACUCAUCAAUCAGGAACACUUGGGAGACGUUGUUUAUGUUGAGCUGCCCGAAGUCGGAAUUAAAGUGACAAAAGGAGGCACUUUUGGGGCAGUCGAGAGUGUUAAAGCAACUAGUGAUGUCUACUCUCCAGUUUCAGGGAAAGUAGUCGAGGUGAAUGAGAAGCUUGGUGACUCUCCUGGCUUGGUGAGGAAACUACUGUUUACUUUUUUCAUUCGACAGAUGCCCAGUACUUUCUUUAAUAUACAAUAUACUUUUUUGAUGAUUGAAAAAACUUGGAGAAAUCCCCUGUUAAUGUUUUUGAAAAAUUCCGUUGAAGAAGCUAAUUUGGUAGUCCAAACCUAAUUCAUCUCAUUUAGAUUUUUUCCAUCAACUGUAUACUAUUAUGGUUGCUUUAAUCCAAGCUCUCUUCUUGCACUCUGUAAUAUUUGUUCUACUAAGAUAUGGAUAUUGGAGUAGCAACGAAUAUGCAAUAUGGAUUUCAAGAUGUAUCAUUUGUGACAUCAUUUUCAGGAAUUGGUAAACUACAGAAUGUUUUAGUGAUCCCCAUCUUGUCUGGUUUUUUUAUGCGAUCUUGCAUUGUAGCAAUUAAUUUCUAGGAGGGAAAAGAAUAGAUAUAGUUCGAAUCUUGUUUCCAAACUAAGUCUUGUACAAAAUCAUGUAUAUUUUAUGGUAAAAUGUAAUGCUUUUGUAUUAUCAAGGAAUCUUAGUUGUUAAUUCCUUAAACCUGGAACUUCGAUUUCAUCUUUCAAUCGAGGAAAGUAAAAUGAAAGCUAGGAAGAUUAGUAUGAGAAGCUAAUCGUUUCACCAGAGAACCAGAAGGAUCUGUACAUAGUUUUCUUUGAUUUAGUGGACUGUACGCCAGAUUGCGUACAGAUUUUACUUAGUGUAUUUCAAUAUUCUUAAUUGAUAUCCUUCGAUAUUUGUUUGCAUGGUUUAAGUUUUUAUUUUGACGUAGAAGUAGAUAAUGCAAAAAAUUCCCUUCCGCAAUCAUGUAUUAUAUAUGUCUUCUUGUUUGAAUAUUCUUCACAUGUUACACAUUCGCUCCAACACAAUAUCCAGUGCACUCACAUCACACGGCUCGAACUCUUAAGUUUCAUAGCCAUGUCUACGCAUCACUGUAAUCUUCCUUAGCUUGCAUUAUCCACUCGUAAUCCUCCAUGUGAUCUUCCCAUCGUCAUUAAAGAAGAGGGCACUUGUUCAGAUACCCAUUAAGGAUAUAACAACCAGCAAGCCUAGCACCAGUCGACUGCCAUAGCCUGAAAGCCAUUCUCACAUCCAUUCUCCACCCUUCCACCAUAACUCAGAACGAAAACCAAUCAGUUGAGUAAGGAGACGCCGUCAAACUUAACUGGACUCAUCAGAGCAUGCUGAUUUUCUUUAUUCAUGCAGAUUCUUGAAUUUGCAGGCUCUUCCUCAGCAGUUGAUAUUGGGAUAGUACAAUAAGCUCUGCAAAAGAGGGAGUUUACAUCUGAACAGUAAAUGGUUAAAUGUGGAAAUAGUUACAACAAGGCAUCUAUCUUUCUUCUCGGUGAAAAGGCCUGUCUAGGGAAGAGAAAGAGUACCUUUUGCCAUGAUAGCUCUGCAGUAGUUCAUGUUCUUUGUUAAUUCUUCUUGGAUUGGAUUGGGUACAAGAUGCAUUCUUUCCCUUUCUUUUCCUUUCUUUCUAAUGGUGUCUGUUGGUUGUAUAUUGAAAUCCUCUUGAAGGCAGGACAGAACAUGACGGUGAAUGAUGAAAUUAACUGCGCUUUAUCUUGGUUUAGGUUAAUGGUAGCCCGUUUGACAAUGGGUGGAUCAUCAAAGUUGAACUGGCGGAUAAAGAUGAAGUCAACUCCUUGAUGGACUCGGACCAGUACGAAAAGUUCUGCGAGGAAGAAGAUGCUAAACACUGA